AUGAGCACAACAAUUGUCUCCACAAGUAUAACCGAGACGGGCAUUAUUCCCUUGACAACGGCCUUCACGCCUCCGGAUUCAUGUGUCAGUAACCUGUGGCUCGCGAGUACCAGCGACAAGACAUGGAUGAACCUGGGACCCUUAAGCGACCAUACUGAGUGCCUUCCAUCCGGCUGGGCGAAAACGAGCUAUUAUUCCCCAGGGAUAUGCCCCUCAGGUUAUGGGAUUGCAGCCAGCGGUCUCGUGGAUCAUGGAUCUGUUACCGAAACCCAGGCGACAUGCUGCCCAACACUAGAUGGCCACACGUAUGUAACCCGACCGGGAAAGUCAUCGACAGUAUCUGAGUCGAUAGACUGUAUAUGGAGCCCUGGUCCGGAUGUCACCACCGAAUUCACAUAUACAUGGACCGAAAACGAUACUACGUCGAGCUCGACCACUGCGCUGAGCCUCAGUGAACAUGUCAACGCGUAUGGCGUCUAUAUCCGAUGGCAGUCAACCGAUAGCAGCACGCCUGCAACCAAUACUGCGACUACUACCAGCGCGGCUACAAUUGGAACAACCACCGGUUCAACCAGCGCAGCUGCUGCAUCCUCGACCUCCACAGAAUCGUCCGGCUCGUCAGGACUCUCGACGGGAGCCAAAGCCGGUGUUGGUGUCGGUGUAGCUGCCGGAGCAAUUCUAUUGAUAGCACUUCUAGCGCUCUUCUUGAUCCGACGACGACGGUCGAAGAACCAAGUCCCCCCACCAAUCGAGAUGCCGACAGAACAUUCACAGCCUGCACCGCAGCAUUUCGUGGAGCUACCUGCAAAUAACGAUACGCCAGAGUUGGACUCGGACAACCUGAGAAAAUAUGAGAAUCAUUCAUUCUAG